AUGCAAGAUCAAGUAGAACUAGGAAGCCUUGGCGUGAAUCUUGAUGCUUGGCAAGAUCAUUAUUCCUUUAAUGAUUGGCUAUAUUCUUCUUCGCAACAAAGCUGGUAUGGAACCUCCCUUAUUGGUACUGUUACGAGUUUAGUUAAAGGCAUCGGGGGAGCUACGGUAUUCAAAGAUGAUGAAUUGCUUGCAUUGGUACGUUAUGCAAAAAGCCCUCAUGAGGACAACGAUAUAAAGGUUUUCAAUUCUAGUUCUAUGGAAGUGGGUUACCUUUAUAGUCGAGUUGCUGUAAUUUUGCCUCCUUUACUUGAUGCUCACAAGAUUAUUCUUGAAGGGGAGUUGGAACUAUAUGAUGAACUUGAUACAAAGUUUUGGGCAUUAUGGGGAGAAGAAUGUGAACGUUAUGAUCAGAUGGAAGCAGAAUCAAAGCUUGUUUUAUGUAAUGGUUCAGCAUUGUGUUCUUGGGAUAUCAGAUCAUUGCUCCUUUCUGAUAAUAUCAGAGUAGAAGAGCCACUGAAAGAUACUGGCUCCAAUACCUUGCGAUUGGAUGCAUCAACAGAUGUAAGGAGCACCGCUGAAAUAAUCAAGGAAUUUGGUGCAACAAGACCAGACACAGUUCUGCUUGCGAGUCUUCAGAGUUUAGGAGUAGAUGCUUGUCUAGGCUUCUCAAUAGAAACUCUAUCUGGUGAUGCUAUAUUGUCUCUUUAUGUUGUUGUUUGUGAUUCCAUCCUACUGAAAUUCGAUAAUCUUAUGAAGCUGAUGUUAUAUGUUGGUGACUAUAUUAACCAAAGGAUGACGUUUUCAUGGGUUCUAUUGGCAUCAGCCAAAGGAAGACCUGAUUGUUUGAUCUUUAGUCUGAAGACAAUUGAAAUCAUCUCCUUUGUGGGAAUGCCUGGCGUGGCGAGGUAA